AUGAGUACCAACGACAGCAUCAACGGGCUCGCGGCGCAGAUCGCGGAGCUCGCGAGCAGCUUCACCAAGAGUCUCGCUGAUGCCAAAAUUGCGGAACCGGAUUUCACGCCCAAGAGCGCGACCAGCUAUGAAGGCUUGACGGGCGAAAUGUUUCUUCGUCGCCAGGAGCUGCUCGACAAGAUCAACGACAUCUGGUACCUCGUCCAAGGGCCCAGCGAGAGCAUCUUCAACUAUGUGCACACCGCCGUUCCCGACAUCAUGGCCCUCAACCUCAUGAACCACUUUGACUUUUGGUCGGCCGUCCCGCUCGACGGAUCCGCCUCGUUUGCCGAGAUUGCCAGCCACGCCAACCUGCCCGACGAGGUCGUCCAGCGCGUCAUCGAGCACGGCAUGACGCUCCGUCUCUUCGCCCCCGACGGCGACCACAAGGUCACCGGCCGCGUCAAGCACUCGAGCCGGUCCGCCGCCCUGGUCCAGUCCUCGGGCCUGCGCGCGCUCGUGUCCACCGUCCUCGACGACGCCGGCGCCCCGAUGCUGGCCAUGAACAAGGCGCUGGAGCUGCACGCGCGCGGCCAGCCCGCGCUGACCCGGGACAUGACCAAGACGGCGUUUGCGCUGCACCAAAAAGGUGCGACGAUUGGGAAUUACAAGACGUCGUGGGAGUACAUCGAGAAUGACGGCGAGGGCGACCGCAAGGGCUGGCGGCAGAGAAACUUUGUCGAGUUUAUGCGCUACCUCAAGGAGAUUUUCAGACUCGAGUCGGUGCUAGAAAGCUCGUUUGACUGGAAGGCCCUUGGUAAAGCGACAAUUGUUGAUAUGGGCGGCUCCGGAGGGCACGAUGCCUUUUUCCUGGCCGAAAAGUUCCCCGACCUCACCAUUACCGUAGAGGACCUGCCCGAGGCCGAGUCCGUCUUCAACAAGCACCAGCCGGCCGCGCUCAAAGACCGCGUCAAGUUCAUCCCCCACGACUUUUUCCAGCCGCAGCCGGUGCAGCCCGACAUCUUCCUCAUCAAGCUCAUCCUCCACGACUGGCCCGACGAGGAGUGCGUGCAGAUCCUGCGCGGGCUCGUGCCGGCCAUGCGGCCCGGCUCGCGCGUCUUCUUCCUCGACUUUGUCGGCAAGCAAGAGGCCGAGGAGGGCGGCCCGCCCGUGCCGCGCUCGAUCCAGCAGAUGGGCACGGCGACGGACCUGCGCAUGAUGGCGCUGUUUAACGCCGCCGAGAGGCCGGCGGAGGCGUGGCGCGCCAUCUUCAAGGCGACGGAUGAGCGCUUUGACCUGGUGCGGCUCGAGGCGAACCCGCUGUCGUUCUUUGUCGUCAUUGAGGCCGUCUGGCGCGGUUAA